ACAAAGAUUAUGAAAAUUCAUUGUUUCGUCUUUGCGUUCCUUCCACUAUUCUUGUCCACAACUUCAAUUGUUUUUUGUGACAAGUCGGCACAACAAUAUUUUGACGAAGGGAAUGAAUUCUUUGCUGACCAAAAGUACGACGAAGCUGUGAAAAGCUUUGUUGCCGCUAUUAAUCAAAAUCCAAAUGACUAUUUAUAUUAUUUUAAGCGUGCUUUAACGUACUUGGCUUUAGAAAGAAGAUCAUUAAGUGAAGCUAAAGCCGAUUUGAAACAAUACCUACAAAAAAACGAACAAGAUAUUGAAGGUCAAAAAUUGCUUGUAUCAGUUAAUUCAGCAGAGACCCAUAUAAAUACAGCUGAAGACGCUAUUAAGUCUGAGAGUCAUGAUGCGUGUAUAGAAAACAUUUUCAAGGCGAUAAAAAUUUCGCCACAUUCUCCACGUCUAAGGUUAACUAGAGCACAAUGCCAUUUAGCAAAGGGAGAAGUGGAAGAGGGUGUUCGGGACUUGUC